GGUAAAAGUGACUGAUAAUUGAGUGUGGUAUUUAUUGUUUAGCAAACAACCCGCACAGGCUUUUACAUUUUUUUUUUUUAAAGAUGCGUCGAAUGUAAAUAAUAAGCCAUUGGUUUACAACUUUUACUAAAGGUGCUUCAUUAGGAAACAGAGACUGAAACACUGUUUUAUUUCAGGUCCUUUUACCUGCGACAGAGACGUUCUCCACACUGUAAAAAGAACCCGUUAGAACGCACUAUGUAGUCCCUGGGCUCGUCUAAAAACUUGCUUGGAUCGAGAACUUUUUGCAGUGUGCUCCACAGCUCCACCCACACCGUGUCUGACGGAUUACAGCUUUUUGAACUCUUCUAUGAACACCGAAGGUACGACUUUACUUCAGGAUAAACUAUCCUAUAUGAGCUAUUAUAGCACCAUAUAUUUAACUUAUUAAAGCCGUCUCUCUCUGCUGGAGUGGACCGGAGUGUACCGCAGUUUACCGGAGUUUACCGGAGUGGACCGGAGUGUACCGGAGGCUGAUGAGUGCCGCCGCUCCGCCGCACACGGCCGCUCAAAGUCACUUCACAGACUUCUGUGAAUCCGUAAACUGUGAAGAGAAGACAUUAUGUCAACAUCCACGGAGAUAACUUAUUAACCCAGAGCUUGCUCACUGUCCAGGAUUUAAAAAACCGGCUGCGGUGGAGGGUUCCCAGACCUGUGUGGGAUGUUAACGGACUGGUGGCGCGUUGAGGCUGAAGGAGCAUGGUGAAACACCAACCCUUGCAGGUCUAUGAGAAACAGGUCUUUGUGUCCUUCGUCACUGGGAUCUAUGGUUGCCGCUGGAAGCGCUACCAGCGUUCCCAAGAGGACAGCUCCAGGUGGGAGUGUAUAUGGUUCAUCAUCUUGUGCAGUUCAUUCCUCCUGCUUGUCUUUUGGGCCUACUUCUGGUUGGUGGCUCAAAAUGAUUUCAACGAGUUCAACUGGUCAGUGUACAACCGCUCUGGAGAAUGGAGGGACGAGACAAUCCCCAUCCUCGCAUCCACCACUGUGGGAUUCAGCUACAUCACAUUCUUAUUGAUUUUAGCCCUUUUCCAUAUAUCCUUGGGCCAGCAGCUGAACCUCUACUGGGUUCACAAGAUCGGAGUGUUGGCUACGUUGCUCACCACUAUCUCCGGCAUCAUCUCCGUUGACGACAUAUGGGGAGAUGAGUGGGACAUCCUGCUUGUUUCACUGCAGUCCACAGCACCUUUCCUGCACAUUGGAGCCUUGGUGACAGUCACAGCUAUCAGCUGGUUGGUGGCUGGAUAUGUUGUCCGCAGAGAGAGAUCCAAUUUCCAGGUGAUGAUGUUGCUGAUCUACACGGUCAUCCUCCUCGCUGUGUAUUUGGCACCGCUCACAUUCACCUGCCCCUGCAUCAUGGACCGCCACAGCCUCAGACCGAGACCAGACCUCAUUGGUCGAAGGGGAGCUCCCAUGAUGGCCCCUGAAAACACCAUGGUGUCCUUUAACAGAGCCCUGCAGUAUGGAGCCAGCUCCCUGGAGGCAGACGUCACUAUCAGUGUGGACGGGGUUCCUUUCCUUAUGCGGGAUCGCACGUUGAAACGAACGACAGAUGUUCGUAAGGUUUUUCCAGCCAGACAGUAUGGUGAUGCCUCUUUCUUUAACUGGACUGAGAUUCGCUCUCUAAAUGCAGGCCAGUGGUUUUUGGAGAGUGACCCCUACUGGACAGUAGAAACCCUCACAGCGAGGGACCGCAGCCGAAUAGGCAACCAGACGGUCUGCAGUCUGGUGGAAAUGCUGCGUCUGGCGGCCAGGGCCAACGGCUCGGCGCUGCUCAACGUCCACCGGCCUCCACCAGAGCACCCACGCCACCGGACCUGGUUCAUGGACACGCUGUGGGCUGUGCAGAAAGCAGGGAUUUCCCAGAAGAGGGUGAGGACUGUGACGUGGACCCCUGACACUGACAGGGGGAGGGUGCGAGGGCUUCAGCAGACCGCAAACGAGAAGCUGUCAGUGGAAGAGAUAAGGCAGAGGGGAAUAACCAGCCUGACCCUCCACUACAGCAAGGCCAGCCACAAAGACAUACAGGAGUAUCUGGCCAAUAAUGUGAGUGUGACUGUCUACCCAGUGAACGAGGCCUGGCUCUACUCCAUCCUGUGGUGUAGCGGGGUGCCUUCUGUGUCCUCCGAUGCCCCCCAAGUCCUCCGAAAGGUGCCUUACCCCAUCUGGCUCAUGAGUCAGAGCGCUUACGACUUCAUCUGGAUCACUUCGGAUCUGGUCUCCCUCGCCGUAGUCAUUGGGAUUUUUGGUUUUCAGAAGUGGAGGAUGAGAGGGAUGCAGAACUACAACCCGGAGCAGAUCAUGCUGAGCGCCGUGGCGCGUCGGUCCAGUCGUGAGGUCAACAUCAUGAAGGAGAAGCUCAUAUUCUCAGAACUCAACAAUGGGCUCAGCAGUACAGAGGAGCUGUGUCUGUAUCCUGAGAACGGUUAUGCCACAUACUCUCAUGGAGGCCUCAGUCACUGAACAAACCACACUGCUACAGCUGGACGUCUGAUUUCAGAGCUCCACUCACUGCACGUUGUUUUGACGUCAGAAGGAAGAAGGAGCACAGCGAGGAAACUGAUCCAGUAGUCAGCUUACACCUGAAGUUAUGACGGCGUGGAUACCAAAUUAUAUCUAAAGUAUUUGGCCUAUUGAUUCUUUUUUUUUUUUAAAUAACACAAGUUCUAUGUGAUACAUGUAUUUAUGUUAUAUACUUUUGUAUAAACUGUUUUGCCAGUAUUUUCAUUGAAAAUAGUUCACCACUUACCUUUAGCUGUAAAAAUUCAUUUUCUUGUUUUCAGUGUUAUAAAAUUGUUCAAAACUCUCCACUGGGACCACAUGGCUGAGUACGUAUUCAUGUCGUCAUCACUUCAGGGGUUAGCUGACCGAUGAACAAAUGUCUCAUGAGGAGUCAGAUGCUAUUUCCUCCAGAACCGAAUCCAUUGACCUGGUGAACCUGGAAUUUGUGUCUCUCAAAAUGUUGUUUAAAUCUUUCAUUAACAUUUUUCCCAGAAACAUUUUGUGAUGUGAGCAGGGAUUGGGCCGAAAUUUAUUUGACUGCCACGAGAAAAAAAAUCUGUUAGCUUAAAAGACCUUGAAGCUAAUACCGGAUGUAAUGUUGUUAUUUUUAUUUUUUUUAUUUUAUGUAUUUCGCUGUUGUUUUAUACCAGAAGGAAAGGGAGGUUUAGUGUUCUGUAUUAUAAACUGAUGUAAAUAUUAGUUGUUUUUAUUUUGUUUUUCAAUGGUUUGGACUGAUCAAUUGUAUAUUUCCGUUUCCAUUUCUUACCAUUAUGACUGAUUUCCUCUUUUAUGCACGAAAAACAGAAUAGAGACUACAUGAAAACGUUUUGGGGGCUGUUUGGGGGUAUUGUGAGCAUAUUGUGAUGAAUAUUCGUUUCUGUCAUGCCAUGAUUGAUAUACUGUAUGGUCAUAUUAGCUAUUACAUCUUUCACAUGACUGCCUUUUUGUUAAAUUAAUGGACUGGUAGUAUAACGUUAAAUAUUUUUUUGUGUAGUCUUUUAGUAAAAUAAAAGGGGUACAAAUUUUUUGUUACAGAUACACCGCUGCAGCCGCAGACAUGUCGGCAG